AUGGAGGGCGGUGCCGAGAGGCCAUACAUUUGUACGGAAGAAGGAUGUGGGAAGAACUUCCAACGAGGCGAGCAUUUGAAGAGACAUGUCAAUAGUGUGCAUUUGAAAUACAGACGUUAUGAAUGUCCACACGAAGGCUGCACGAGCACUUUCAGCAGAAAAGACAACAUGAAGCAGCAUGGACGUGUCUCCCAUGGUCUGCCGCCUGUAGCGAUGGAGAUGUCGAAUGGGAGCUUUUCUGGAUCAUAA